CGCAGGACGAUCUGGGGCGGGGGAGGCUCCUGAGAGACGCGAUCACCACCUGGCGCUGGCCGACCGUGCUGAGCUGGGAAUAAGGGAGCCAUGACUGCCAAGAAGCCCAAGGGGGAGGUGCAUGAGGUCAUCAACGCCCUGGAGCACUUGUCGGCCCAGAAUGGCAGUCGGGCAGAUGUUGUGCAGAACAAGCGCGACUGCUUCCAGAAGCUGAUCCGCUACAUGACGCAAGGCAUCGACAUGUCGGCUGCCUUUGUGCCCGCCACCAAGUGCGUGGCGCUGUCCAAGCACGACCUGCCGCUGAAGAAGAUGCUGUACCUGUACCUGCGUACCGCGGCCAAGCAGAACUCCACAGUGGCGCUGCUGGUGGUGCAGACGCUGCUGAACGACUGCAAGGAUUUGGACCCAACCAUCCGCGGCCUGGCGGUGCGCAGCAUGUGCAGCCUGCGGGUGCCGGAGCUCAUGGAGAACGUGUUCCAAGCGGUGGAUGCGGGCCUGCGCGACACGCACCCGUACGUGCGGGAGGCGGCGGUGAUGGGUGUGCUCAAGUGCCACCACCAGGACGCGGCGGGGGUGCGCAUGCGGGGCCUGCUGGAGCGUGUGGAGACGCUGCUGGGCAGCGACACCGACCCCCAGGUCGUGGCCAACUGCCUCUACGUCAUGCAGCAGGUCGGCAUGCUGGAGGGGCGCAUCACGCGCCAGCUGGUGGUGUCCCUGCUGAACCACAUCAAAGCCUUCAGCGACUGGGCGCAGUGCUUUGUGCUGGAGCUGGUGGCGCGCUACCAGCCCGCCUCCGAGGAGGAGCGCUUCGACAUCUUGGAGGUGCUGGACUUUGGGCUGAACCAUAACAAUAGCGCCGUUGUGAUGGCCACCGCCAAGCUCUUCCUCCAUUACACCCUCAACUUUAGCCACCAGCACCAGCAGGUGCUGGAGACUGUGAAGGAUCCACUGCAGACGUUGAUCCAGGGGCGUGAGCCGGAGGUGGUAUGGGCGGUACUGUCCAACUUCCUGGUCCUGGCGCAGCGCUACCCGCUCGUCUUCUCCCAGCUGUACCCCGAGUUUUUCUGCCGCUACGAGGACCCCUCCUAUCUGAAGCGCCUCAAGAUCGACGUGCUCAUCGCCAUCGCAGACCAGACAAACGCCUAUGAGAUUGCCGAGGAGAUGACGCAGUAUGUCAAGGAUAGCGACGAGGACCUGGCACGCGCCGCCAUCCGCUCCGUGGGCCAGAUCGCGCUCAAGGUCCCUGACGUCAACGGCAUCCUGGACCGCCUGCUGCUGUUCCUGGGGUAUGAGAAGGACUAUGUGACGGCGGAGACGCUGGUGCAGAUGACAGACGUGCUGCGGCGAUACCCCGAUGCGGCGGCGGCGUGCGUGGAGAGCGUCGCGGCAAUCCCCGAGGAGGCUAUCGUGGAGCCCGAGGCGAGGGCCGCCUACCUGUGGGUGAUUGGAGAGUAUGGCGCGCAGAUCCAGGAUGCUCCCUAUGUGCUGGAGGGCUUUUCGGAUAACUUUGGGGAGGUGGAGCCGGUGGUGAAGCUGGCGCUGCUGACGGCGUGCAUGAAGCUGUUCUUCAAGCGCCCGCCUGAGACCAGGCACGCGCUGGGCGCUGCGCUGGCUGCGGGCGUGGCCGACCCCGCGCAGGAGGUCCACGACAAGGCCCUCCUGUACUACCGCCUCCUGCAGCACAGCGUGGGCGCGGCGCAGCAGGUGGUGGAUGUGCCCCGCCCCGCGGUCACUUCCUUUGCCGAUGCGCAGUCUGCGGAGACGCAGGACCGCAUCUUUGACGAGCUCAACACGCUGUCUGUGGUGUACCGCGCCCCCGCCAACACAUUCAUCGACGCAGAC